CCUUCACCAGAUAAUUUAUUUUUAGCUUAAAUGCCGCUAACAAUUUAAUCUAAAUUUUGCUUAAGCUGUCAUUAGCAAAAUUAAUCUCGAUGGUUACCUGCCAACUCCAGUCACCUGUCAGCUCAUGAUAUCAUCGGGCCUCAGCUUAAAUUGUCAUUAACCAAAUGCACCUGGUGUUCCAUUGCUUAAAGCAACCAUAUCCCAAAUUCAGUCGGAGUUUAAACCAAAACGGUCGAUCAUGUACGGAAUUUUUCAUCUCACGAGUGUUCCGAAACUUAACGCCUUAAUUCUGAGAUACAUUUUCCGUUACGCACAACUAAUUGGCGUCAUAUUUUUUUGCCUUAGAAAAAGUAAAGAUGGGGAAAGGGUAUCAAAUUGCAAAUGGAUCAAGUGGAUUGGUAUCACCCAUCGAAUUGUGACCUUCUGUAUCUUCAUUUAUUCGUAUUUUUUGGCUAUAAUUUUAACAAGUCAACCCGCCGCGAAAGUUCUUCAUGUUUUUCGACUUCUACUGAGCAUUCCCAUCGUUGCGCUUAUCUUGGGAUACCAGACUUUACGAGGUCCAGAAAUUAUAGAGCUUUUCAAUCAAUUUCUCCAACUUUUUCGGCAAGUGCGGAACUUGUUUAAACCGAAACCAAAUGGCUUUGGCGGCGGACGAGAGCUGAUUUUGAUCCUGCUAAAUUUGAUCUGCCUUUUCCAUGAGUUAACCUAUAUCUGGGUGGCAGAAAAGAAUUUUUCUUGGUACUUUUGGAUAUUCUGGUGGUGCGACGUUUCUGUUGUCACCGGCACUAACAUGUUCAUUCACCUCAAUUGUAUGGCCUAUCUGAGUAUUGGUGUCCUUUAUUCGGAGGUCAAUAAAUAUGUACGUACCCAUUUAGGAACCCAACUUCAGAAAAUGAAUACUGCGACCGACGAAAAAGAAAUAAGAAGAGCACACAAUCGACUGGAAAAGUGCAUACAUUUGUACAAAGAGAUAUAUAAUAUCAGCACUACUUUUCAGAGAAUUUUUGUGUUGCCUCUUUUUUUGGCUAUGAUAAAUAAGCUUUUGCUGAUCACCUCACUCGGUCUCAGGAUGAUUUUGGAUUUAGAGUACAGCAGUUUAAUUUUUUUGUUACUUAUGGUCAAACACAUAUUAGACCUCUUUCUGCUAACUAUUUCUGUUCAGGGUGCAUUGAACCAAUUUUGGAUUAUUCGACGGCCAAACUUGGAGAUCGGCGAGGCUGGUAAACUAAGAAAUUUUCAACGUACGCUGGAAAUAUUCUUCACCCAUCUAAAUAUUUACCAGUUCCGAGUUUCAAUUUUGGGCCUCUGUGAAAUUUCCAACCAGCUUUUCUUAAAGUUUUUAUCCGCACUGACAUGUUGGCUGGCUUUUAUUGCACAAUAUAGAAUGCAGAUAAGAAAUGUUUAUCAGAAUACCUAGACUUAACAAAAAAAAUGCAAUCGAAAAGUUUUAGGGACUCUAAUACUAACUCGAUUUUAAAUUGUAAGCCUCGAAAGCCUCUUAAAAUAAAAU